AUGCUCUUCCUGCUCUUGGCGCUCCGUGGCGUCCUGCUGGGCGCGUUUGGCGCGCACGCUCUGAAGACCAAGCGAAGCGAGGCCCUCAUCAAGACGUGGGAGACGGCCGUCCACUACCAGUUCAUCCACGCCAUCGGCCUGCUCGCAGUCGCCUUCGCCCCUCGCGAGUCGCGCAUCGCCGGGUGGUCCUUCGUCGCUGGCACGGUGCUGUUCAGCGGCUCGCUCUACGGGCUGGUGCUGACCGAGCAGCGCAAGCUGGGCGCCAUCACGCCCAUCGGCGGCCUCCUCUACGUUGCCGGAUGGCUCGCCCUCUUCUGGCAGGGCACUGUCUAA